UCCCUUGUCAACCUAAUGAAGCAUUCAAAGAAGACAUCUGACUCUUUUCGAGAUGAACUUGAAGAUUAUAUCAAACUGCAGAAAGCCAGAGGCUUAGAGCCAAAGACUUGUUUCAGAAAGAGGAGAGAGGAUUAUUUGGAAACCUGUGGAUACAAAGAAGAGGUUAAUUUUAGACCCAGGUGUAGAAUGUUUGAUCAAAGACUCCCUUAUGAACCCAUCCAGACCUACGGAAGACCAUGCAAUAUUUCACAAGCAGUGGAGAAGCGGUUACCUCAGUGGCUACCAGCUCAUGACAGCAGGCUGAGACUAGACUCCCUGAGCUACUGUCAAUUCACCAGGGACUGUUUCUCAGGAAAACCAGUAGCCCUGAACUUUAGUCAACAAGAGUACAGCUGUAGCUCAUACAGUGUAGAAUCUGGAGUUUACAGGCACCUCUCCUUAGAAAACAGUACCAGUGCCCAUCAAGCUAGUUAUAAACAGACACAUCAGAAGAGAAAAAGACACCCAGAGGAAGGCCGGGAAAAACCAGAAGAGGAGCGGCCCAAGCAUAAGAGGAAGAAAGCUUAUGAGGACAUAGAUUUAGACAAACACAAGAGCAUCCAAAGAAACAAAACAGAGGUGGAAACAGUCAGAGUCAGUACAGUAAAGCUUAAGAACCGAAAGGGCAAGAAAAGCCGAGAUGUAGCCUCUAAGAAAGAGGAACGUAAGCGUAGAAAAGAGAAAAAGGAACAAGGGAAAGAGGGGACAGAAGAGGAUAUGCUUUGGGACCAGGCUAUCCUUGGAUUCUGA